GCCUCAUAGCGACUGCUUUUGUAGACCGCCGGGCGGCUAGCUCGUCGUAGGUUAGCUGUUAUGUUGUCGUAGUCGUGUCGUAUCAAACAUUCGUAUUGCCGCAUGCGACGCAUGUUGCCCCUUUGCUCAGAUACAAUGCGUGCUGGUGAGUGAAUUUUUUGCUGCUGGCUGCCUUGCGCGCAGUUCUUACGUUUAUCAGCAACUUCAUGGCUAACAGCAUUUCCAGUAGUUAACGUCAAUUCAAAGUGAACGGUAGUGAACGUUAACGAUUACGCGUGAGUAAAACGGAAAAAGUCGUCAACAUUUUCGUCACAUUGCCUUCGUAUGCGUAUGUGAUUGUUGUCGUUGUCAGCGUCAUUGUCGUUGCUGUCGCCGUUGUCAGUGUCACUGUCAAACGCGUUGUAAUUGUCGGCUGUGUAGCGGAUAUCCAAUUCAAACGAAAUCGACAAUUUAAUGAAAUUGUAUUCACUCAUAAUCAUUUAACUGUACAGGAGUACUUUUUGAGGUUAUGUACAAUUUAAAAAGUGUUUAAAUGAUUUAAGAUGUUGGCUCCAGCACAAAUCAUGUGUGUAAAGUUGUAAGCAGUUGUAACGGAGGCUAAUUGAGUGAAAUUCUGAAGUUAAGUUCUCAAGUACCUUUGUGACCGCAAAAACUACAUGAGUACACAACAUACAAUUUAAGCCAAGUGAUUUAUUUAAUAAUAUAGUGGUAUAUAUGUAAAGCUCUUACUUUGGGUAAACAUUUGUUAAUGACAUUGCAAGGAAAAUGUGAUCGAACAAAAAGUAAAAAAAAGUAAAAAAAAAAAAAAAUAAAAAUACUUGUUUGGAAAACAAACGAAUUGUAUGCACAAUUUGCUCAUUCGGCAGAAAACUUAUGCCUUAAGUUUGUUUGUUAUUGUUUUCUUAUGUUCUAAAAGUUUGCCGAACUGCUACUCUGUUGACGAAAGAUCGAAAGCUAUGCAGCAUGUUGUGAGAAGUGUUGCGUAUUAAUCAGCAAAUUUUUGAAUCUUUUUUUAAGUAAAAAGGGGUAUGAAUAAAAGAAAUAGUGUUGUAUAAAAUAACUGGUAAUAUAAAGUGGACAUUUCUAAGAGAAAACAAGUAAACAAUAGUAAUAUUGUAAAUAAAAUCGAAUAGUUGAAUGAAAAUUGUACAAAUAAUAAAAAAUUAAAGUUCUCAAAAAUUAGUUUUAUAGUUCGAAAACUUUUUUAUUUGCGUUUUAGUAUUGUGUCAUUCCACUUAUAUGUGACUGUGUGUCGUCGUAUUUAUAAGCUACUUGUGCUAAAACUUCUUAAACCUAGAAAACGCAUAAAUAGAUUUUCCACAACAUUAAGCACAUAUACAUAAGUUAUUAGUGUUUGUGAAUGUCAAAAUAAAAAAGCAUCGAAAACAAAAGAAAUCAAAGAAGUUAGUUAUCUACAUAAAAAGAACGCGGAAUUUUCGUAUAAGCAGCAUAUUUAACUGUAUUUUUGUAAGCUGCUUCCAUCACAGUAUCAGUAUCCUGACAUUGGCAUCGCCUUACGGGUUUAGUAACGCGCCUAAACGUAUGCAAAUUAUAUUUUGGCGAGGCAUCAGAUACGAAUACUUAUCAACAAAGUUCGCAUUGGAAAUAAGAUGCUGCUGCAGUGGUUUGUGAUUUGCCUACUGGCAAUGCCCGUGCUGACAGGCACCGGCCAAAACUGUCCGACGGAGUGCGCGUGCAACGUGGAUGAGCACAAUCGCCGCCAGGUGAUUUGUACAAAAGGUGGCCUCAGCGCUAUGCCGGUGAGUCAGAUCGCCAAGGAUGUGCGCGUCAUUAUCAUCAAAGGGCCGGGCAACACCAUCACCAUCGGUCAGUACUUCCGGAAUUUCUCGCAUCUCGAGGUGCUGCGCAUCACAGACUCGCAAAUCCCCUCGAUGGGCACUGAAUGCUUUUUUGGUUUAAUAAAACUACGUAUACUGGAUUUAUCAAGAAACAACAUCACGAAUGUAAAUCGAAAUAAUUUCCGAGGACAGGAUAAUUUACGUGAACUGGAUUUGUCCAAGAAUAAGAUAUUAAACAUAUCCAGCACUACGUUUGGUCAUUUAACCGAACUUCAAAGACUCAAUUUGGCUGAUAAUUCAAUAUUGGAGCUCGUUCCGCGCAUAUUCUUCCUGCUAAACAAAUUGCAGUAUCUCGACCUGAGCGGAAAUCCAUUACAAGACCUGCCACCCGAUGUAUUUCGCGAUUUGCCGGAGCUGCGCAUUUUCAAAUGCCGUAAUUGUCAAUUGAAGAAAAUCAAUCCGCAGUUGUAUAAUUUAUUGCCAAUGCUGCAAGAGCUGGAUUUGGGACGUAAUGAGUUUAAAUUCCUCGACAAGGAUGAAUUUCGCGACGUCAAAAAUCUCAGUAAAGUCCUACUUGAUGGCAAUCAACUGUCCGUCGUUGUUGAUGAGCUGUUUCGAAAUCAAAAAGUUCUGCAACACUUGGACUUGUCCUACAAUCGAUUGGCGAAAGUGCCCAACAACUCGUUUAAACAUUUGGGCAAUUUGACGUUCCUGGAUUUGUCAUACAACAAGCUGGUACGACUGGAGCCGCAAUCAGUGUGGCGACUAAGCAAUCUGCAAACGCUGAAUAUUAGCGGCAAUGUGCAGAUGAAUUUGCAUGACAUGCGUGAAACAUUCGAGGUCAUACCACAGCUGACACAUCUCUCGGUAGCCGACAUGGGAGUGCUGCCGAUGGGACUCCUGGUGCCGUUCAAGCAGCUGCGCUAUCUCAACAUAUCCGGCAAUCAUUUGGACAAUAUGUCAUUGCAAGUAAUCGAUCCGUGCCGGGAGCUGGAGUUUUUGGACUUGUCGCGCAACCAACUGUACGGCAUCAAUGAGGACACAGUGGUGCGCAUUCAGCGCAUACGCAACGUGCGGCUGGACAACAAUCCGCUGAUAUGCGACGAGUGUCACAUGGGAAAAUUAAUAAAUGUCGUGCAGCAUCUCCAGUGGAAAUGGGAAACUUAUCCGAUUUGUUUUUUGCCAAAACCGUUGCGCGGUUCCGAAAUCACAGAUUUGGACAUAUCAAAGCUUCAUGAUUGCUUGGAUUACAUAACAGAUGAGGAGCAGAAUGCAGCCAGUACGUCGCACAAUUUUCUUGAACGAGGUGGCCUUAAUACUCUCGCCAUACUUGGUGGCAUUAUAUUGGUUUUAAUUGUUGUCAUUAUACUGGCUAUGGCUGUUUGUUUUUCCAAAAGGCGAGCACGUUACUAUACACGUGAGGAUCGACUGAACGGAGGUGAGAGCGGUAAGUGUAUCGAAAAGGGUUUAGAAACUAGUAACGGAAAUGGUGUAAAUGGCAGCAACCCGCCUGAGCACGCUAAUACCCCUACCACGCCCACAAAUGAAAUCAACUUCAAAUUUCCCAUCGAUGACCGCGUUUGCACCAUCGAUGAGCUGGUGUUGCCGCCCGCACCACCGCCACCAAGCAAAGAGCCACCAUCACAACUGCCACCAUCACCACCAGCCACAGCAAAUAGCGUUCUGAAUAGUCUAACAUAUAAUAGUUGUAACGGCAAUAAUACGGCCACCGCCAUGGCGGCAGUAGCCGCAGCUGCCACCGUCAUACCACCAGGUGCGCCAUCGGCCGCGGGUGCUGCGGCAACCAUGUCGCCAGCACAUAAUAAUCUGCCCUCUGAAGCAAUCGUUGUUGUACUGCCCACACCGCCAACGCAUUAUAAAACCGAACAACAACUACAACAACCCCAGCAACUGCAGCUGACCACAAUCGAACCGCUGAUCAGUGUGAACUGACCGACGAGUAUUGAUGUUGCAAGCGCCUCAGCUACCGCAGCAGCCACAAAUAAAAGUGUCAACACACCAGCGACGACUUUAGCGUUUUCGCCAUGGACUGUGAGAGCGGGCAGAACGAUAGAAAGAGGAAAGCAGGUGGCGUUUACAACCACAACGCACACGUAAGUGCUCUCAACCAAUAUGUACACAAGCUCCACGUGUAGCGAAGCGGAGUUAUAUUUUUUAUCAUUCGAAAGCAUUAAACGAUAACUAUUUUUAAGAAACCUAUAAAUAAGAUUGUAUAAAAUUAAACAAAUACGUCGUAAGCAGAAACGAUUGGAAUAGUAGCCUCAAUUUGGACCCUCGGAAUAUAUUAAUAUUACUUUAAAAUCUGCAGCGGAUGUCUGGCUGAGCUCUUGCUCUUAUUUACUUAAUUUAAAUAAUUCGAAAAUUUCAGAAAAGUUUGAAGACGAAACAGAGGAAACAACGACUAACCUAAUACAUACCUUUUAUUUCAGGUUAUAAUCACUCAGAUAUUUUAAGUAAAAUUAAUAAUUUUAUUCAACUCCAGUGCAUCUUCCCUUUUCACGAAUUUAUACCGCGUUUUAUAUCCUCAACUAUACAAUUCAAACGACGUUUCUAGCCUACUAAGCCUAGAUGCAUAUUCAUUACCGACCAACUUCACAAACAGCAUCUGCGCCUUUAUAAUCCUCUGCUGUCUGAUACGUUCCUAUAAAAAUUAAACCCCAUGAGUUCGUUUAUAAAUCCAUUGUUUUCAAAGAAACUGUGAUUGGUCCGAGGAUUGCUAAGGAGUUCUUGUCCAAUGUGAAUAAGUGAGAAUAUUUUGAACCGCAGUAUGAUAUGGCUCACCAGCAAACCUCAAAACAUUGUUCACCUGCUUGCGAUCGGUAAUAAUAACAAAGUAUCCACUGAUAUCAAUUUCCAUCGAUUGUUUCAUGUUUUUUUGAGUAAAUAUGACUCAAAGAGUUUAUGGGGAGAGCCGGUUCAAAUAGUUAUCUUUGAUCUUCUAAUGCCUUCGAAUUGUGGUAAAUAUCUAAAAUCUACCUAGAAAACUAAGCAUUUUCCUCUACCCUGCGGCUCUCCUUUCAACUAAAUAACUUUCGUCUCCCGUUACUGUUAAAAAACUUCUCUAGUAACUACAAAAUUAAUUCUUCAAGCCUCAGUGAGCACCAACCUACAUAAACUGUACUGAAUGCGUGAAAUUCCAGAACUGAACCUAACAUAUGCUCAGUGGUAAGUGUACACUGGCACUACAUACAAAUGGAGCUACUUCAUAUGCAGGGAAUGUCUCCGUUUUUGAAUGUAAUUGAGCCAUUUCCAUUGAUUUAAGUGCGGAUAUUUCGCAAUUAUAAGAUAUGAUUCUAUUCCGCUUUUGCCACCAUACGAAUACGCAUAAGUGAAGAUACCUCUAGACAUCGGAAAAACACUUUACAAUUUUACAUGCAUACAGAGGUACUGGCAGAAGAAUGUUUUCUCAGAUGAGCGCACACAUAUGCAGCAACUUAGUCAACACUCGAGAGCACUCAGUACGAUAUGGCUUUCUUUCCGGGGAAUUUUAAUGAUUUAAUGCAGAAAAGCAUGCCCAACAACAGCAGGAGGUGCAUUAUAACUGCAAAAAGAAUUCGAACGCUAUUUUUGCUUCAUUUCACUCAACUGCACUUCUUCUUCACCUAUCUUUGCUUAUAUGCUUUUCCAAUUUCCGGAGCAAUUAAAUAUCACGAAAUCGGUAAUCAAAAAUUCCAUUUCUAAUUUAAAAAUACGAAGUAAUUUUCAAUUCAAUAAUUUCGAUAAUUGAACUACACACAUUUUGUUUGCUCCUAAAUGCUUGUUUCGACAAUUAAAUUUUACAUAUUUUAGUUGCUCCAUACAUUUAGGCUCCAAUGACAAUCGUUUCUGAUAAGAAGCGCGUGAAGCAAAAAAAAAAAUUCAAUACCAACUUUUGUUUGCCAAAAUAUAACGGUGAAUAUAUGUGUAAAGAAAAAAAACGCUAAAACCUAAUGAAGCAUAAAAUUAGGCGCGGAAGUGUGCCACAAACGUUUCAUUUACUUGAUAAGAGAGAUUAAGAUUAAAUAUUUAGUGUGUAAUACAUGCAUUUGCUAAUUAUAAGCGCUAAUGUGUAAGCUAUACUAAUUAUAGCCUGUAAGUAGCGGCGACACAUUCAAAAUGUGAUACUAACGAAAACAAUUGUGUUUAGCAAAGUACGGAAAAUAAUAUAAUAAAUUUUCAAAACUAUCGAA